AUGUCAAUCGGUCUUGGAGAAAUUGUGUAUUUUGCACUUAAGCCGGUUCUCAAGAUUUACUUGAUCUUGACAGUGGGGUAUUUACUCGCCAAAUACAAUGUUGUUGGGGUGGAAGCUGCCAGGUCUAUUUCAAAUAUGGUUGUUAAUGCUAUAUUACCGUGCUUGGUGUUCAAUAAGAUUGUUGCGAAUAUACAGGCAAAGGAUAUUAAAGAGAUUGCUGUUAUUGUGUUGAGUGCGUGCAUACUUUUCAGCCUCGGUGCUCUUGCAUCUAUUAUUAUUAAAUAUACUUUACCAGUUCCAAAGAAAUGGGUCUGGGGUUUAAUAUUUGCAGGGUUAUUCCCUAAUAUCUCUGAUCUUCCAAUUGCAUAUGUGCAAAGUAUGGGUACAGGGAUUAUUUUUAAUUCCGAUAGUGUCGAUAAGGGUGUGGCAUAUUGUUGUAUCUUUUUGACUACACAGAGCUUCUUGAUGAUGAAUUUUGGUAUGUUUAGGUUAGUCGGGCUUGAUUUCAGAGAAAAGUUGGACGACAUUGAGUCAUCCAGUAGCACCUCUUCUGCCGAGCAAACGCAUCCAAAGGAAGAGGAGAACAGUUCGCCCUUUUCUAAUUCGAUUGGAAACACGGAAACCAAGAAUGAUGUUUCUAGUAUUUCUUCAUCUGAUAGCAAGGACUCUUCAAUUGCUGCUCCUAAACCAGCUAUGACGAUUGAUCACCCCGUUGCCAACACAGUAGCAAACAACACUGCACUUAAUACCGGGGUCACACAUGUGGAAAAUGAUGUUGAUGAUGAAGAUGAAAAUGCGCUAGAAAGUUUAUCUGAAUCGGAUUUAGGGUCAACAGAUCAACUAGAGAUACAUAGACCACAGCUGUUCCGAAAAGGCACUUCCGCCUCUUCAGAUGUACGAAACAGGAAUCCUAACGAUCCCAAGCCUCUAACCAGAGCGAAAACUGCAUCCUCAAAUGGUACAUAUGAUGGUACCAAUGCUGCUUUGAACAGGACAACGUCGUUAUCACUCACGCCAACCAAUCCAACUUCAAUUACUUCACAUUCAAGCCAAUACAACAGAAGUCGUCGUAGACGCAGGUCCCAGACCAUCAAUGAUGUGAUCAGCGAGUAUAGUGUAGUAGAACGUGUGCGCACGGGUGACCUUGAUUUAACAAGACCCCUAACACUUACCGCAGACAUUGGGGAGGAAAAUGCCGCAUUGGGAGAUGAUGAUAAUUCGUCCGUGUCAUCGCAUCCAUCAGCAAAUACAGCAGGAAGCAAUGAACGCAACUCUCUCAGUCUUGCAAGGACAGCAACAAACAAGUCAUUACGAAAAGUGGACUCGUGGUUCCAUCGUCACAAACUAGGUUGGCUUGAGUACAUUGCAAUAAACUGUUUCAGGCCAGCAUCGCUUGGCGCCAUGCUAGGAAUCAUAUGUUCGAUGAUUCCAUGGGUCCAGGCCUUGUUUGUCAAGACAUAUGUGCACGUUCACAAUGCCCCAGAUCAGCUCCCCGUACUAAACUUCCUUAUGGACGCUACCGCAUACAUAGGAAACGCUUGUGUUCCUUUAGGUCUACUUCUAUUAGGAGGUACCAUCGCCAGACUACAAGUGAACGAGUUGCCCAAGGGCUUCCUUUCAGUAGCAUUUACUAUGGCGGGUAUCAGACUUGCAGUAAUCCCAAUCAUUGGGGUUCUGUGGGCCAACAAGAUUUAUUCGAUGAACUGGAUUGAAUCAGACAUAGCAAAGUUAGUGGUGAUAAUUACGUUCGCUAUGCCUUCAGCCACAGCACAAGUCUAUUUCACUGCAUUUUUCACUCCAGUCGAUGGUCCACAUUUACAGAUGGACUGUCUCUCCGUGCUAUUCUUAGUCCAGUAUAUCUUUUUGUGGAUCACCCUUCCAUUCGUUGUAUCAUACGCAUUGAAAGUUGAUAUUAAGGUUUAA